AUGGACGGACUCAACGAGUACCGCCGGGCCCACGUCGCCGAGGUCCUGUCGGAUUUCCGCACGCUGCAGUUCCACAUCGCGGCCGCGCCCACGGACCCGCCCAACGGCGCCGACUACCAGACCGAGGGCUGGGCCGCGCUGCGGCAGUGCGGGCUCGAUGGGCUGCAUAUUUUGAAUUGCGCGGCUGAUACCUCGGUGCCGCAGACGGGGGCCGGCGGCGAGGUGGAGCAGGAGAAGGCGGAGUUGAGACAAGUCCUCCUCGACGCCUGCGCCCGCAGACACGUGGCCCAGAAGAUCUACCUCCGGCAGGCGGCGGCGCAGCGCUGGGUCGAGUACCGCGAGCAGGUGCUGCAGGGCCAGCGACCGAACUUGUCGCAUCGGCGGCUGCUGAGGGCUUGCGAUGAGCACUUGCGGAAUGAACUGGCCCAGGUCACGGACGACGCUGUCUACCAGGAGCUUCAGAGUUCCGACUUGGCGAUGGGACGCUGGAUUGCGGAGGACCCAGGCUUGAGGCAGGUGCAGCGCUGGGUGCGGGCUCGGCCGCAGACGACGUAG